CAUGACGUCAAGUCCGACAAUGGGCGAGACGAUUUCAUGCGCAGAUUCUCUUUUCCCUCUUUAUUACUUCUUGUCCAGCCUCCCCACCACAGAACCCCACAUCGAUCUUAUAACCAAAAAGAAAAAACAAGCGAGCGUGCAAUAAGAAAAAAGAAGCUAAAGAAGCAGAUUUGACCCGCCCAAAUAUAUAUAUUAUAAGCACAAAGCAUGAGGAUGAUCCAAUCGUCUCUUUUGCUACCCGUUCUAGCGCAGCUCAUCCUCAUCAUCCUAGCAUUAGCAUCCUUGACCGUCUCAUCAUCCGUUAUGCAGGAGAAAAAGAAGGACUCACUAUCAUCCUUCUCUUCGUCGUCGCACUCGCUACUACAGCAACGUGGGCCGCAGCUCUUGUAUAAUCCAAAUGCACCCGAUUAUAGAUGUCCCGAAAUCCAACAGUCCUUGUUUGACAAACUCGCAGUCGAUGCCUCGCUUUCCACCUUCAUGAGCGCUCUAACGCAAGUCGAGUCUGUUCUCAAGCUGGUCAACGAUUCCCAACUUGAUCCGCCAUUCACUGUAUUUGCGCCCAUCAAUUCUGCAUUUACCGAAUUCAAUGACAAUGAUGGCGACGAUAGGAUGCAUUCGAAUCUGGAAGCGUUUCUGCGCAACCACAUGGUGCCAAGCCAGAAACUCAGUGUGGAGCAGUUGCAACGCACGCAAACAUUGGAUACAAUGCUCGACGAUAAGGAUGAUGAAACAAAAACGACAAUCCAAGUCAAGUAUCACUUUUUCAGCCAUCGAGUCGAGCUGAACGGCGUCGCAGAGGUGGACACGGACCACCCCAUUAUGGCCGACAAUGGGGUUGCCUACAAGAUCAACAAGCUGCUACGGCCAGCAAAGCCCUGAUCAUCAUCCCCUCCCCCCCACACCCCAAAGUACCCAAAGAAGAAGGAGAAUAGCCUCCUUAUUCCUUACACUCUCAAGUCUAACAGUUGAUGAACACGCCCCCUCCCUCCCCCUCCCCCAAAGGCAAAAUAACACAAAACCACUAUGGACUGUUUUGAAUUGCUUGUACCACAUGUUGUCCUUCUCUUUUUCUUUCUCGGCAAUCUGCCGACGAAUUUACUAUGUGUGUGGCGCAUCGCCUUGUCCAAAAUUGGGCAUUCCAGUUGUGAUCCGAAAAGAAAAAAAGAAAACCUUGUGUACAUGUUUGAGAUUUUAUUUGCAUGAUGAUGAUGCUGCUACUACUACUACUGCUGCUGCUGAUGAUGAUGAGGAUGAUGAUGAUGAUGUACUAAUGGCAGUAAUAACAGUG